GCCUAGAAUAAAUUAAGUUUCAUACUCCUAAAGAAGGAUUUCCUGUGUAACUUUUCUGUUAAGCCUGAUUAUGCAGAUAUAAAGGAGUUAUGCAGAUCUCAUUCAUCAAAAUAAAGAAAAAGAGUGAUGCAGAUAAAUCGAAAAGGACAAGGAAUUCGGAAGCAACGUUUGUCAUCAAGCAAAGUCCAAAGCGCGCAAAUCCUAUGCAGAAGACCAUGGACUUCAGUAUUCGCUUCCUGUUCUUGAUGCUGCAAUUCCUCAUAGUUCUGGGUUGUGCUACUAAACCAGGGGUACGAUUGGAUAUUCAAGAUAAACAUGUGAUAAUGGAUAAUGGCAUAGUCCAAGUUAACUUAUCAAACCCUGAAGGAAUUGUCACGGGAAUUCAAUAUAAUGGCAUCGACAAUUUGCUCGAAGUUCUUAACGACGAAUCUAACAGAGGGUACUGGGAUAUUGUAUGGGAUGAAGGCGGAAAAAAAAGAACAAAAAAAGGAGCAAAGGGAAAGGGUAGAUUUGACAGAAUGGAAGCCACGAAUUUUACGGUGAUAGUGGAAAGUGAGGAACAAGUAGAGCUAUCUUUCUCCAGAACAUGGAAUGACUCUCUUGAGGGGAAGCUUCCACCACUCAAUAUUGAUAAAAGGUUUAUAAUGCUUAGUGGUUCAUCUGGAUUUUACACCUAUGCCAUUUACGAGCAUUUGAAGGAAUGGCCAGCUUUCGAUCUUGACAAUACUAGGAUCGCAUUCAAGCCUAGGAAAGACAAGUUCCACUACAUGGUUGUGGCGGACAACAGACAAAGAUUUAUGCCUCUGCCUGAUGACCGCUCACCCCCAAGAGGUCAAGUUCUAGCUUACCCAGAGGCUGUGCGCCUUGUUGACCCCCUCGAGCCUGAAUUCAAAGGAGAGGUAGAUGACAAAUAUCAGUACGCGUGUGAGAGCCGAUACAACCGUGUUCACGGUUGGAUAUGCAUUGAUCCAUUGAAUUCCACUGGAUUCUGGCUAAUUACGCCAAGCUAUGAGUUCCGAUCUGCUGGGCCCCUCAAGCAAUAUCUUACUUCUCACGUUGGCCCCACCACACUCUCUGUAUUUCAUAGCACGCAUUAUUCAGGGGCGGAUCUGAUCAUGCAAUUUGGGCCCAAUGAGCCGUGGAAAAAAGUCUAUGGGCCCAUAUUUAUAUACCUUAAUUCUCUAUCUAACGGGUUUAGCCCUAUCGGCCUAUGGGAGGACGCCAAACAACAGAUGGUCAAUGAAGUUGAAAGCUGGCCCUAUACAUUUCCAGCUUCUGAGGACUUUCUCUCAUCUGACCAGCGAGGUAAAGUUGAAGGUAGAUUGCUUGUCCGAGACAGGUACAUCAGUGAUGCAUUCGUCCCAGUCAGCGGUGCUUAUGUGGGACUAGCAGCCAUAGGAGAGGUUGGAUCUUGGCAGAGAGAAUGUAAGGGUUAUCAAUUUUGGACCAUUACUGAUGAUAAAGGCUAUUUCUCAAUUAUUAACAUACGCCCUGGAGGCUAUAACCUCUACUCGUGGGUCAAUGGAUUCAUUGGUGAUUAUCAAUUCGAUAGCGUCAUCUACGUAACUUCAGGUUGUGAAACUAAUGUGGGUGAGCUUGUUUAUGAGGCACCAAGAGAUGGCCCUACGUUGUGGGAAAUAGGCAUCCCUGAUCGUUCAGCUGCUGAGUUCUAUGUUCCUGACCCAAACCCCAUGUGCAUUAACAGACUCUAUGUCAACCAUCCAGACAGGUUUAGGCAAUAUGGCUUGUGGGAGAGAUAUGCUGAGUUGUAUCCAAAUGAAGACCUAGUUUACACUGUUGGCAUUAGUGACUACAGAAAGGAUUGGUUCUUUGCUCAGGUUAACAGGAAGAAAGACAAUGGCACUUACAUAGGAACCACAUGGCAAAUUAAUUUCAAGCUUGAUAGUGUGAAUACCAACGGAACCUACACAUUGCAAGUGGCUCUGGCAUCUGUGCAUUCUGCUGAAUUAGAGAUUCGGAUAAACAAUUUAGAAGCAAAUCCACCUUUAUUUUCAAGUGGAGUGAUUGGAAAAGAGAAUACUAUAGCUAGACAUGGAAUUCACGGUCUCUACUGGCUAUUCAGCAUUCAUAUACAAGGCACACUUCUUGUGCAGGGAAACAAUACCAUCUUUCUAACACAAACAAGAGACACUAGUCCUUUUAUAGGAAUUAUGUAUGACUAUAUUCGUCUAGAAUACAAACGGUGAAAAUCUAAAUUAACGAUUAUACUGAAGAAUAUUCAUUAGAAAAGUAAUUAUUUGCUAAAUGGAUGCCAGAUGUACAUUUUUGGAUAUACAAAUAUCAGUAUCCUUUAUAUAUAGAUUGCUCAACUCUUUUA